AUUUUGGUGAAUGUUGAAGUUUACACCUGCUUUCUUUUUCAGGAGAAUGUGGAUAUUAAAAUUUUAACAAAUGAUGAUGUUCUAGGUGAUGCAAUACCUUAUGAUCAGCAAGAUGCAAUGCGCCACCUCUGUUACCAAUUCCUUGAUUUAAUGCCACCUACGGGAAGAACAAACCCACAAUUUUCUUGUUCACAUCCAGUUUCUCUUAACAGAGAUAAUCUGCAACUACUAAGACAAAGAUACUACUAUGCUACAUGGAAGGCUAAUGGAACCCGCUACAUGAUGUUCAUUAACAGUACGGGGUGCUACCUAAUUGAUCGAAACUUCUGUUUUCGUAGGGUUCAAAUGCGGUUUCCCCUAAAGAAUGCUACUGAGAUGUAG